AAUUACGAAAAGAGUUGCAGGAGUUUAUUGUGACAGCAUUGGAGCUAUUUACAUGUUUCAUUUUCACUUUAGUCCAAACCAAUUAGAUACUGUGAUAGUUUGGACUUGUCCGGAAGAAACGUAUUCACUGUAACGUAUUGAAGGAGUACGCGUGUAGUAUGUCAUGUUAAUGACGUUUCUUUUAGCCAGUAUAAGGCUUGAAGCUAACCGCUAACAGCUAGCUUAGACGAGAUCACCGGUACAGGCGGACCUCUUUGUCUGACAGGGGAAGGCGUGCUCUUUUGUUAGCUUUUUCCCUUUUGUCCGCUCGGGAAAGAGGAACUGUCGGGUCAGGAUUUCACAGUCACCCGUAUUCUGGGAUUUUCUUUUUUUUUUUUUUUUUUUUUAGAAAAUGCAGAAAAAAUACUUUACAGAAGGCCUUAUUCAGUUGACAAUCUUUCUCAGUUUAGUUGGAGUUCGAGUAGACAUCGACAGCUACCUAACCGGCUACUAUUCGCCCCUGGCUGAGAUUAACUUGGGUCCUAGCUCAGCCUACACUCAGACACCCUUUCACGUUUUAAGAGACACGCUUGACGGAUACGGGGUGCAUCCAAAAUGCCCCGAGCUGGACUAUUUCUUCGCCAGCCGUCGCCUGCUUGAUGAGGUGAGGACCCUCGGCUCGCCGCGGUUCCACACGCAGCUGAACGCGUGGCUGGUUCACCAAGUUUCAUCCACAGGGCCUUCGACCAGCAACAACCCUGACACCAGCGCAGGGCUAGAAAGCACCGAGAAUGAAGCUGGAGAGGCCAACGAGCACCUGCCUGUCAGAGGCCAAGACGUACCCUGCCAGCCUAACUCUGAGCUGGCACAGGGGCCUUGUGGUGCUGGAGCCUUCCUGAGUGAGGAUGAAGUUAAGAUCAAAGAAGAGGAGGAAGCGGUUCCGCUCACUCAGCUGACUGACAGUUCAACACUAGAACACGAGAGUCUGCUUGAAGGCAUUACCACGCUGUCUGAGCCGGACCAAGUUCCUCCUGCUACUGAUAGCAACUGGAACAAUUUGCUCUCUGUUUCGGAUCUGGAUGUUUUGGACUCUCUUGUUACUGAUCGUCUCUUGGAGCUCGACUCGGACAUCAGCAGCGCCAUCAGCCAGGAUGUCAGUUUGCAUGACGCCAUGGCAUCCAGUGUUGGAGCAUUUGGUCCAGCAUCCGGAUCAGCGGAGUCCAGGACGGUCGGUCAACAGCAAAGAACCCUUCUAUGGCUGGAAUCCACAAACUCCUCGCUCUCUGAUUCUUUGCCAGGGAUGGCCGUGGGCCUCGCUGCUCUGCCCUUUGCCUCGGUGUGUAAUUUAACUGGAAAUAUGACAUCACAGGGCACACUGGGUGACUGUCUGGAUGAGGCAGUGUUUGACCAAAUCAAUCAGCUGGGUUUGGAGGGCCUGGACACAAUUGACAAUCAGCUAAACUACCUUGAGUGCUUAGACUCUCGAGCCUUUGAGGACUUGGACUCCGACUCAGGACUCUCCUUGGAAAGCAGCUAUGGAUGUCCAGUGUCUCCAGGGUCUUCUGAGAUGUCAUCAUCCUCCAGCUUGUACUGUGAAGAAGAGGGUGGAGCCACAGGCUACAGCAGCGAGGUGGACUUCAAACCAUCUAAAGGCAUAAUAGACCACAGCACAAUGUGGCCACCUGUUGACCUGAGUGAGAGUGUGUGGCACGACCACAGCUACUCGUCUCCCCCUCUCAGCAGGUCAUCUUUAAGUCUGCCCUGUAAAACCGAGGAGCCAGAGGAGGACACCGGACCCCACCUGGAAGAACGGGAGCUGAGCCGUGACGAGAUGCAUGCCCGUGCCAUGUUCAUCCCCUUUUCUGUCCUGCAGAUUGUCAACAUGCCCGUGGAAGAGUUCAUGGAGGUCCUUGACAGCCACAGCUUCUCCCCAGAACAGGUGACUCUCCUGAGGGACAUCCGGAGGCGGGGCAAGAACAAACUUGCAGCACAAAACUGCCGCAAGCGUAAGCUGGAUGCCAUCACGGGGCUCGAGGAGGAAGUGGAGAGGCUGCAAGCUCAGAGGGAUAGACUGCUGAGGGAGAAACGGCUUACAGCCAAGACAAUGGGUGCUGUGGCCCACCAGUUUAAGCAGCUGACCCGGGACGUCCUGUCUCGACUGAGGGAUGCUUCAGGUCGGCCCCUGAACCCUGAGAGGUUCACCCUGCAGUGCGGGGCUAACGGGAGGAUUGCAGUUCAGCCUAUCAGACAGCCGGCUGUCACCACAUCAGCUGGCAAAAAAACAGACAAGAGAAAGAAGGAAAAGAAGCAGUGAUGCUCGCUGAGACUUAAGCUUUAGGUUUUUUGGAUGUUGCUGAACUUUACUAACCCUGGCUUUGGGGUUUUACUUCCGCAAAAGUUGCAAUGGGAGCCUAAUUUUUCAGAAGCUGCAGAAACAAGAGACUCGAAACAUAAAUUAAUAAAAAAAACAAAUCUUGUACAUAUGGGGAAAAAAGUAGCUUAAACACUGGACAAUUGUUUGCUUAUUAAAGAUGGGCAAGGCAUGCAGGGUUUAAGGGAACAGGUUAGCUGCUGGAAACGGUAUCAGUCUCUUUGUGCCUGUUAAGAUAUGAAUUAGGACAUUUACUGCCAAGUGUGACAGUUACUGGUUAGAGCAGUUCUUGGUGGUUCUGUUUGCCCUGUACUUGGCCUAUUUAGUCACAUUGAAGGGUAAAGAUUGUAUUUAUAAAUGAUUUGAUGUUCUUGAACUUGAAGUUCUUAUAUACAUCAUGAGACUUUUUUAAUAACUUAAAAUGUAACUGAAAAGAAAGUUAAAACUCCACCAAAUGUUUCUUUCCAACAUUUUAGACAUCAGAGAAAGGUUAACUUUUUGAGUUGAAAUGAAAACAUAAAAUAGUUUGUGUCUACAAUCUUUGUGAUGAUGUAUAACAGACCAAUGAUUAAAGAGGCCUUAGUGUGAUUUUGGUUAUUUUGAGGGAAAAUGAUCCUCAGAUGCAUGUUUUCCAUUAAGAGUUUUAAAGGUUACUGGAACAAAUAGAAGUUCUACAUCGAUUGGUCAUGAGCGCACCUAGACUUAAUCUCUUCAUUUGAAACAAUUUAUGUUUUGGCAUAUAUUCUACCUUAUGCUUCUGUUCAUUUUUGGCUAAAUUUAAAUGGUCUUUUGUUACCUUAAAAAGCCAUAUCAAUGUUGCUCUAAGGUAAAAGAAAAUCCAAGAAAUUGGUUGAAAUCUUAUGUAUGUUCUUUAAAUAUUUUGAAAAUAGUUCUUAGGGGGAUGCACCUAUCAAAGUUUUAUGGACAACUUUUUGAUCUCCAAUUUUUGCUAACUUGGACCUGCUGAUAACAGAAUGUUGCUGAUUCAAAUUUCUCUUUGACAACUGUAAGAAUAGACGACAUAAGACGAUAUUCAAACUACCCCUCUAUUGCCAUAAAUAGUCAUCUAUUAUAUCAGGAGCAGAGAAAACUUCACAGAAUGUCAUUCGCUUUUACAAAAAAAGAGAACAAUAUUUCAGGAUCCACGACAGACAUGUUGAAAGCUCAAAUGGGUACAAUAGAUCAAUUUUGCUGUACUGCUAAACCUUCCUACUAUCUUCUGUAAGUCUUGCUCUCUCUUGCUCCCUGAAUGAACUGCAGACAUGCCUCAACAUUUCACUGAAAACUUCUCCAUACAACUUUAAUGUAGAAAUUGUCCUUUUGUUAAUUGAUGCUCCACUUGGUCACAAUAAUCUUACCUGCCUGGUCUUUUCUACAGGCAAUAAAAUGACCUUUAAAUAAGUACGGGACACAACCCUACUUCAAUAAAUCGAUUGGUGAAAGGUUACAUGUCCCUAAACAGACCAACUUCAUUUGCUUCUUAUUAUGGGCGUUGCUUUUGAGAUUAUCAGAGAACUGAGAGGUUACCAUUUAAUGCAUGAAAGAUAUUCAUUCCUGGCAGAAACAAGUUGGAGUGCUUAAUGUGAUGAAUUGUUUUAAAUUUAGCUGUUUGUUUCCUUUUUUUUUUUUUUAUAAAUCGUUUUUCCUGAAAUAUUUGACUUGAGUGAUUGUUGAACAUACGUUGAUGUGUGAUUAAAAGGAAAAUAAACCUA